CCGAUGACGCCAUGCAGACUCGAGAGACUCCAAGUCUUUCCGACUGCAGACGGCCUUCGCUUCACACCGCCACGUCGACAUCCGCCGAUAUCUUAUUCCACGACGUGCAUAGGCACGCACUCCCUUCCGACUUUUUGAAUCACUCUAAUCGUAUCAAACGCACGCAGGGCGAGUGGGCGGGUGGGCUGCAGGCGGCCAGGAGUGUGUGAGUGAGUAGUACAUUACAAAGAGUGUCGCACCAGCUCUCCUUUGUUUUCAGACGUAGGAUCAUGACCCGCGACGGGGUGGAUGGGCUGUAGUGCCGCAGCCGAUGGCAUGUGCCGCACGGGCGAGCGAGGGUGAGCCUGAGGAUCUAGUCCGAGUCAAACAGAACUACGACACGUCGCCGCAAAACUGCUGGCGGAGCCUAGCGCUCGACCCGUUGUCGCCGCUGCAUGAUGCUCUCGAGUACGCUGUUCUAGGUCUGGCGAUGCGAACAGACGCUGCGGGACUCCGGCGCAAUCCCGCACGCCCGGUGUCCGCCAAAUGCGCCCUCGUACGGGUAUUGCCAAAAGAGGCAACCCCGCGAGCGUCCAAACUCGCAGGGAAUCUGAGGCAUGCCCCCCUCCAUCCGCCAGGUCGACUCGCGAACGGCCUCAGGCACAGCAACACGGUGCACACGCGCGCGGCGAGCACCCACGGCAAAGGCCCCGCACGCAAACCUAGCCGACGAAGACACCGCGGGCCUGGGCGCAGCGACGAACUCACGACAGGUGUGGACGACGAAUACACGGCAAGCGUGAACGACGAGCGGACGGCGGGGACGAAUGAACGGCUGGCGGGGAUGGGCGAGGGCGAGGUCGAGGGCGAGGUCGAGGGCCAGAGCCAGGACGCGGUGACGUGCAGCGCGACGCGCACGACGACGGCGAGCACGCAGGGCCAAUGCCCUGCGUGUAGGCACGGCCGACGAACAAGCGGCGCGCGGACGGGCCGACGCACAGGGCGACCGCGAGCAUGCAGGGCCAAUGCCCAGCAUGCAAGCACGGCCGAUGAACGGAUCGCGCGGGGAUCAGCAAAAGACGGAAGACGGCGACGUGGACAGGGCCGAGGCGUGCGCAACACACGCCAACUGCGAGCGCGGAGGACGAAUGUCCAGUGCACAGACGCGGUCGACGAACGCGCACACAGGUAAGCGGAAGGGAGGCCGAGGAGGCACACAAUCGGGUGGGCGGGCGUGUACACAACCGGGCGGGACCACAACCGGGCGGGACCACAACUGGGCGGCGACGCACGCACGACAACCACGAGCGCGCAGGGCAAAUGCCCAGCACGCAAGCGCGGUUGACGAACGAGCCGCGCGCGCGAGCGACACACAGGAGACGGCGACGGUGGACAGGGCGUGUACAACACACGCCGACUGCGAGCGCGUAGGGCCAGUGCCCCGCAUGCAAACGCAGCCGACGAGCGUGUCGCAGGUAGUGAAUGGGGGGCGAACGGACGAGGACGAGCGGGCGGGAGGCCGGGAGGCGUAGUAGUAGUGCAAUGUAUAUUAGUGUAGUAGCAUUAUAAUCGACGGCAGUUUACAGCAGGU